CCCUUCCUGGAAGGCGACACCGUCCCGGGCCGUUGCAUUUGUGAGAGAGAGCCAAGGCAGUAUCCUCCAAAGGUUGGGCCUGGGCCACCCUUUCUCCGGCUUCUCAAGGGCUGGAGGCGGCGUCACCAGUUACUUCCAGGGCAAGAGGGAAAGCAGUUAUUACCUCAGUGGGCCCUGGAAAGGUCCUAGAAGUGGUUGAAUUGCCCACGGCCUGCCCUAACCUGAUCUCCGGUGUUUUGUGUAUUUAUUAGGGACUCCAAGCUCUAGCAGACCUGCCUGAAGUGUUUUAAAGCACAUUUUCUUUUUGAAAAGAAACCUGUUGCUGCAGCUUAGCGCAUCUGUUCUCUGUGUCCAUGUGGGAGGAGAAUCCUGGCACCCUCAUCUAGUGAAAUGUUACCUAAAGCAAAGAUUUGCAGCCCUGGGUUGUUUUUUCCGUCCUGCAGUGUUUUUAGUUACUUCGAAGGAAUUUGCAAAACUGUUACAGAUAAUUUCAGUUCUUUUUGAUUUUUUGUAAAUGUUGUGCCUAUUUUAUGGAGUGAUAAAGCCUGCUGAGUGCGUUUCGUGCUGUGUGCUUCACAUGUAUUGCAUUUGGGAAAGGUUGGAAAUCAAAGGCCAGGGGGAGGUCUUGUCCAUUGGAAAUAAUCUCUGCUCUUGGCUGUACCUGUCAGACACUGCUUGGUAAUGGUCUUCACUUUAGAGCUUGAAAGAGGAUGUGGGUUUGCAUCUGGUGUUGCAGUUUUAGUGGCCUCAAUAAAGUAAGGCUUUGUGCUCGAAGGCAGUAGGUUUUCUGAGGUGAGAUAAAAAUAGAAAGGGAACCAGUUUCUGAGGUUGCAACCAGGAGGUUCGAGAACAGAGAGGGGGUGGUAAACUGAAGUGUGAAGAAGGGGGUGGACAGGUGAGAGAGAUGUGGAAGGACAGAAUGGGGUCACAGAAAGGAUGGGGUGUAGAGAAACUAAGAAAUAGAAUUAGAAGAUCGGAAAAAUAUUCUUCCCUUAAAAAUAAAGGGAUAUGGCCAGACAUGGUGGCUCACGCCUGUAAUCCCAGCACUUGGGGAGGCCGAGGCCGGAGGAUUGCUUGAGGCCAGGAGUUCAAGACUAGACUGGCCAACGUAGCAAAACCCCAUCUCUACUGUAAAUACAAAAAUUAGCCAAGCAUGGUGGACGCCUGUAAUCCCAGCUACUGGGAGGCUGUGGCACGAGAAUCGCUUGAAACUGGGAGGCAGAGGUUGCAGUGAGCCCAGAUCACGCCACUGCAUUUCAGCCUGGGUGAUUGAGUGAGACCCUGUCUCAAAAAUAAAAAUAAAAUAAAAAAAUAAAAGGGUCCCCAUAUUUUAAGUGGAGGUUACCAGACAAGUGCCAAGAAAGGUGGUAGAUGGUAGACAGAGAAGUAAGCAAGCUUUCUUUUGACAGAGAAGUAAUAAGUAAGGCUGUCUUUGGAAUUUCACUGAAGAACUUCAGUUUUAUAUGAGGAUUUCCCCCUUGCACAUUCAUUAAAUACCAGGUUUUUUUAGUAUAGAACUUUUAGGUUUAGAGUACUUUCAUAAACAUCCUCUUUUUUCUCAUGAUAGUCUGUUUGAAGUUAACAGUAUUUACCCCCUUUUUAGAUGCAUGUUCUCAUCUGUAUUGAAGUUCAGAGACUUGAAGUGAAUUGCUGAGGUCCAGUACCUCUAUAAAGGAUAGUUCAGUGAACAUUAAUUUGCAUAAUUUGCCUGAUAUUUCAGAUAUCUACCUAGUCUGGUCUUUAGUGACAAUAUGGUUGAGUGCUGGAUUAAACUAGAUAAGAGUAGAGUAUAUUAGAUAAUUUCAAGCAGAGUCUAGGGGAAAUUCCCUACCAGUUUAGCACUCUUUUUUCCUACCGUUCCUAUGCUUUUUUUUUUUUUUUUUUUUUUGAGAUGGAGUCUCGCUCUGUCACCCAGGCUGGAGUGCAGUGGUGCGAUCUCAGUUCACUGCAACCUCUGCUUCCUGGGUUCCAGCGAUUCUCCUGCUUCAGCCUCCCAAGUAGCUGGGAUUACAGGCAUGCACCACACACCUGGCUAAUCUUUGUAUUUUUAGUAGAGACAGGGUUUCACCAUGUUGGCCAGGCUGGUCUUGAACUCCUGACCUCAGGUGAUCCGCCCACCUCAGCCUCCCAAAGUGCUGGGAUUACAGGAAUCAGCCUCUGCGCCUGGCCCUAUGCUUCUCUUAAGACUCCAGGGAUCGGGGCAAUGAUGGUGGUGGGGUGAAAUAAUAACUAUGGCCACCAGUUAUUUGUCUCUUACGUCAUGCCUCUAGUGUGCCACAUUUAUGUUCACGAUCUCAUUUAAUUCUUGCCACAACCCUAUCAGGAAGGUGGGAGUCAAUCAUUUUGACAAGUCUCCUGAAAGGAACAGCUAGCAGGAACUGAAACCUUUUUCCAUUUGGUCUCGUGGCAAAGGCAGAGAUUGCUCCAGCAGCUCCACACAAAAUGAUGUGCUCACGGGUGCCCUCUGAACAGUCUUCUGGUACCUCUCUCUUGCCUAAAGACGGUGCCCCAUUUUCUUGGGAUUGCUUGGAUGAGGAUGGAUUGGAUGACUCCUUGCUGGAGCUGUCAGAGGGAGAAGAAGAUGAUGGUGAUGUAAAUUACACAGAGGAAGAGAUUGAUGCACUGUUGAAGGAAGAUGACCCAUCAUAUGAGCAGUCUUCUGGGGAAGAUGAUGGUGGGCAUGUUGAGAAGGGAGAAAGAGGGAGUCAAAUUCUACUUGAUACUCCCCAAGAGAAAAAUUCAUCGUACAGCCUGGGACCAGUAGCUGAGACUCCUGACCUCUUCAAACUACCUCAGCUAAGUACAUCAAGUGGUCAUGGACCAGCUCAUACUAAACCAUUAAACAGACGCUCUGUACUAGAAAAGAAUCUUAUAAAAGUAACUGUUGCACCAUUUAAUCCAACAGUUUGUGAUGCUCUGCUUGAUAAGGAUGAGACUGAUUCAUCCAAAGAUACUGAAAAACUCUCUUCCCUUGGAGAAGAGAUGAGAGAAGAUGGUCUUAGCCCAAAUGAAAGCAAACUUUGUACUGAAUCUGAAGGGAUCAGCCCCAAUAACUCUGCCUGGAAUGGGCCCCAGCUCUCUUCUUCAAACAAUAACUUUCAACAGACUGUCUCUGAUAAAAAUAUGCCUGACAGUGAGAACCCUACGUCUGUAUUCUCUCGGAUCUCAGACCAUUCAGAGACUCCUAAUAUGGAGUUAUCCUGCAGAAAUGGUGGUUCACACAAGUCAAGUUGUGAAAUGAGAUCUCUGGUCGUUUCCACCUCAUCAAACAAACAGGAUGUUCUUAACAAGGAUUCUGGGAAGAUGAAAGGCCAUGAGAGAAGACUAGGCAAAGUCAUUCCUGUUCUACAAACUAAGACCAGGACUAAUGUUCCAACGUUUUCACAGUCAAAUCUAGAACAGCAGAAGCAGCUUUACCUCAGGAGUGUCAUUGCUCAUAUAGAAGACCCAGAGGACACUAACCAAGGUGUCUCAGGGGAGCUUUGUGCCUUGAUGGAUCAAGUUCAUCAUAUGCAGCACUCAAAAUGGCAGCAUCCUUCGGACCUCACCACGCGAAACUACGCCCGCCGACAGAAACAUCUGCAAAGAUACAGUCUGACUCAGUGGGUUGACAGGAACAUGCGAAGCCACCAUCGGUUCCAGCGUCUCCCAGACUUCUCGUACAGUUAAUUUGUGUCAUCCCAUCAGCAGUGAAGGUCCCUAUCCAGGGUCCUGCUUGGAGCAGCAUUUCAUGUUCUUUUGCUGUUUUGUGCUUUUGCCGAUUUUGGAUUUUAUUUUUCACAAGAUUUUUAUUUAAAAAACUGGUCACCUUUUGGAAAUGCCCAUUGCCGACUUGAAUUUUUUUGUAUGAAGUCUCUCCUGAUUUUGUGUGUGUGUGUCUGUGUUUAAGCAAGCGUUCGGUUGGUAUAGUUUUUUUUGUUUUUUUAAUUUAAAUUGAAGGUAGCUGCCUCCUGAAAGCCAGCAUUAAGCCAGAACACCCAGGUUCAAGCAAAAGACCCACCUCUCUGCAGAGGCAAAGUCUACUUUCUGGUACCUCAAAGAAAUCAUUGUUCAAUCUUCCAUAAGGAAGAGAUUCUUUACCAGGCUGUGAGCCAGUGUUAGAUAACUUGUGAAUGGAUAUAAGUUACUUUUAACAACCCCUCUUACUUUUUUAUUUGAAUCCUCUGAAUACCUGUCAGUAUUUUAAAGUUGGCAAUCCAGGACAUUAUAAGUAGGAUGGAGCAGGAGAAGAAUCCUAUUGAAAGGACAAAUUAAAAUAGUAAAUCCUCUCCUCUCCCUUCUGUAUGUACUAGCUGCCUUGAUUUUUUUUUUGUGGGGGGGGGGGGGGAUUUUUUCAUUCCUUAUUGAACUUAUUUUGCACAAUAGUGUUUACAAAUCUUAUACAUCUUACUUUGACAGAAGACUUAUAAUACCUUGUGGUCUUGAGACUGGUUGUCUCCUUUGCCUUUCUUCAAGGAUUUUCCUUUUUCUUUUUACCCCCCAGUUACCACUCUGCUCUUUAGGAUUCUAGUGGCAGUAUUCUUGUAACCUGUUAGACGUGGAUAUGCCUCUUCAGGAUGGCCUCCUUGCUGUCUUUAUUGAAGAGCUGCCCACCCAGAGUCUUGACUCUAGGGCAGGCUAGUGCUAUUGUGGUGUCAGUUGAUAUUUAGUUUCAUUUGCUGAACCCCAAAUUUGAGUGUUAGUUAGGGAGCCUCCAUUCUCUGGGAGAGUGUGGAAAGGCACUCUUUUUUCUCCAUAUUAGUUAACAAGAGGUGUCUUUAGGCCCUGGAUGUUACCAUCUCAUUUGGUCAAGCCCCUGAUACCUAGUUUCACAUGGAUGCUAACGUGGAUGUAAUAUAGUUGUGACAGCCUAUGCACAAAAGCAUUACCUGAUCUUAAGGUUUGGUAUUCUAACCAAAGUUGACAGACUGUGCGUCUGUCUUAAUGGAUGUCUUAGGAGUUGGUUAUUCUCUCUUUUUUUUUUGAGACGGAGUUUCGCUGUUGUUGCCCAGGCUGGAGUGCAAUGGCGUAUCUCCGCUCACCACAACCUCCGCCUCCUGGGUUCAAGGGAUUCUCCUGUCUUAGCCUCCCGAGUAGCUGUGAUUACAGGCAUGUGCCACCAUGCCUGGCUAAUUUCGUAUUUUUUAGUAGAGACAGGAUUUCUCCAUGUUGGUCAGGCUGGUCUUGAACUCCUGACCUCAGGUGAUCUGCCCACCUCGGCCUCCUAAAGUGCUGGGAUUACAGGCAUGAGCCACUGCACCCGGCCGGUUAUUCUCUCUUUACAGAUAGCUAUAGACAUCAUUUUAGGAAGUGUUGCAGUCUGGCAUUUGUGCUAUUGUUCAUUCUCUGUGAAGACUGUUCAUAGUUGCUAUAGCCUGUGUUUAGUUUUGUGAUUUCAUCAAUCCCAUCUUUCUGUGUGAGUAAUGCAUUCUAAACAUCCUACCCCACUUUAGAAACGGACGUGGGGAAAGCUUGGUCAUUUAAGCCAACAAUAAAUUUGGGUGAAUGUCCUUAAGUGUUUACUGUUUUUAUCCAGUCAAGGAUUUGCUUUUCCUUGAACAUUUGGUUUAAAUUCUGGGGUCAAAAUGCAAAGGAGAAGUUCUAUUCAAAGGCAGUAGUUGAAAUCUAUUACUUUAGUUAGCCUACUUGGCAUUUACUACAUCGGUCACUUCUCCAGGCUGCCCUAAAUUAGGUUGAUGGAGUGAGACAUGCCAAACAUCCACCUUUGGGACCAUAGCAUAGUUAAAAUUAAAUGUAGUUGGAAUAGCUAGCAUUGCAGCUACAGUAGGGAACUGUAGUCUAGUUCCCUACAGAAAACCCAAGGAGUGAAGGGACAGGAUUUUGCCUAGGCAAAAAUCUAAGACUCAUGCCCUCCUGGUACAUGGGGUUUUAAGACUGAAUGUGUAAUAGGAGCACUGCCUUUGCCAAAUCAAAUGAGUGACAGGUUAACUAGAAAAUGUGACAAUCACAUUUCCUCUUAGCUCAAAUAAUUCUGUUUUUCCAAAGCUUUAGCAGCUUAAUUAAAUCUGUUGGACUGGGGGAGGAGAGAGCUGUUCUCUAGUGGUUAACAUGGUAUUCUUUAAGAAGAAAAAACAAAGCCAAAGAAAACUCAUUAUCUGGCAUGUUCGCCUUAAAGAUGGUAGUGGGUAGAAUCUGGAGUUUUCAUCUCUUUUCAAAGCUGCAUAUCUCUUAUAUUUGGUGUUGGCCUCUAAGUCUAAUAUUGCAGUUGGAAUUCUUGCUGUAUUAUUUUUUAAGCAAGUGUUAUGUGCAUUUAACUGCUUUCUUCAUCCAUGACGACAUUCCCACCAUGGGGUCUUGACAAAGCAGAGUAAAAAUAUGCUGUUUACAUUGUUUACUUACAAGUAAGGAGCCUGAAAUAACCUGUAGUUUCUAAUGCAGGCCCUGAUUUACUGGCGUUGUCAGUUUCAAUUAUGAAACUGAAGUUUGGUGCCUCCUCUUUAUCAUGUUUUUUCCCUUGUAGCAGUUGUGUUUAAUGUCAUUAAAAAGAAAUAAAAGUUCUUUUGUCAGUGA